GUGCAGUUAGUGUAUUUAGAUUUAUUUGUAUGAUCGAAUAUCUUAAAAUGGAUGUGUAACAAAGCGUUGAGUGUACAAACUUUAAAUAACAACAACCUUUAAUGUUUUAUACAUAGACUGCGUAAAUGUUGAUAUCGAAAAUGGAAAUUCCUGUUGGCUUUGAUCCAAGCGUCCAUUUUGUUUUUCAAAACACAAGCAAAAUUAUAUGUAGCUAGGCCAAAAUGAACCGAAACCCCCGAAACGAUGAAAAUGGGAGUGAUCAAAAUGUACAUGGAUUGAGAAAAAUAACGUACUGGAAGAAAUAUGGCGUCAAACGUUUUCCUUACCCUGGAAGGCACAGAUACACACCAUUAGUUUACCAAUCUGAAGACGGAGGUAUCAUUAUCUCAAAUGACGUUUUCGGUCUGACAAUCAGACAGUUUGACCGAGUUUAUAAAGCUUGUUUAGACAAAAGAAAAGCACAGGAACAGUACAUACUAAACAUACGGUAUCCUGACAAAACCUCAGAUGAUUAUCUGGAAUACUUAGAGAACAGUACAGAUUGCAUAAAAGUGCACAUGUCCUGUAAUGACAGUGAUUCAAAGGAAAGACACUUGUAUGAAUACUUAGUGAAUACAGUUGGUACUGAAAUAGACAUACGUAAAAGACAACAAUUAUUUAUCAUAAAAGAUAGAAUAAAUAAUAUAGCUGUGUCGGAAAUAAUAAAAUCGAGUGGAAGUUUAUCAGAAGGAUUUGAUUUACCAGGUAGUGACAUAGAUAUCAUGUUUGUCAUGGAAACCGUUGACGUAAUAAGAGAUGUAAGGAAUAUCAAACUCCCAGUACAACGUACAACACUUGUUAUGGAGACUGAUAAUGAUCUUCCUGGAUUUACUAGACUCCGAUUAAUAGCAGGAGGGGACGGAGAAAAUGAUUUUAUAACAUAUAAAUGCUUUGAAAGUACUGGAAAAGGUUUAUAUUUAUCAAUCACCAAAUUUAUAAAUAAUAUAAAUCGGCGAUAUCCACAGCUUCAGCUAUCAUCACACGGGCCCUGUUUAUCGGAUAAAAAUCAAUACAUGGAUUAUGCAUUCUGUCUUCGAAGUAAAUAUCUUCCGUUCAAAGCAAUGCAAUGGGCGUCACGUUAUCGACACCAAUGGCCCCCUAAUUCCACUAUUGAUAAGGUUAUAGAAUAUGGUUGUUUGCUAGUACCUAUUGGACCAAGGAUUCUCCCCGAUUGUGAUGUAUUAUGGAGAUUAUCUUUCUCUGUGGCCGAAAAACAUCUUAUACAUUCGUUCAAUUACACUCAACUCUUAUGUUAUGGUCUCCUCAAAUUAACAUUAAAACGUAUCAUUAACGCAAAUGAUCAUGCCAAUGGUUUAUUGUGCUCUUACUUUUUGAAGACGGCCUUAUUCUGGGUCUCAGAGGAAGUUGAUAUUAAAACGUUUCAAUCACCUGGAUUGUUACAUUGUUUCACUCUCUGCAUUAAUAAAUUGAUUUUAUGGGUGAACAACUGUUUCUGUCCGAACUAUUUUAUUCCUGACCACAACAUGUUCCAUGGAAAGAUCUGUCCGGAUAACAAUGCAAUAUUAAUACAAGUUUUGCAUAGCAUAACAAUUGAUGGAAUGGAUUGUUUGAUACAGAAUUUCCAUUUCAACGACCAUGAAAAAUAUCCUUUAUUUAGUACAAAGAAUGAAUUUUCCUUCAUUGAGUUGGACUUCUUUUUUUACAAGAUAUGUAGGCCAGUUUCUACUCGAGACAUUCCUCGAUGUUUAAACUCACUGAUAUAUAUUGAAUCCUUAAUUAAGUCCAAAUCUUCAACCUUCAUUAUUGAUGUUUGUAAACAUUUUUAUGCUGAAAUAAGUCAAAAGGCAGCACAAUUACUACCAAGACCAACCAUAACGACUGACACAUACAACAUACACAAACGGUUUCAUAGACAUUUACAAGACGGUCUCAAGGCGGAUGCUGUAACGGGAUGGUUGUUAUACGCGUCGUUUUAUUAUGUAACGGGACAGUAUGAUGUAACACUAAGAAUAACGGAUUAUGUUCUGUCGAUAUGUGAACCUCCUAUGAUAUUAUUAGGUUAUAAUUAUUACAAUGAAGGAGAUGUAAAAAAUUACAGAAAUGAUGUACAUCCAACAAUGACACUGAAUGACAGGAUGAGAAUGAAAACUGUAAGACCUGUUAUAUACAUACAGCACUCAUCAUUAAUACCAAGGGAACUACAGUUGGAGGUUAAAGACCAAUACCUAUGUGUGCAGCCUACUGGUAUGUCUCACUGCCUAAGAUUUUUAUGCUUUCAUCAUCUUCGUGAUAUUAUCAAGCGGCAACAAGCUUUACGUGAUUUAUGCAAAACGAUGACAAAUAGAAAUACUAAAUUAUCGAAUUCGUUAUCGUAUUCAAUAACUAUACUUGGUGUGUGCUAUGAGAUAUCUGGUGAGAAGGGUGCAGCCUAUCAUUGCUAUGAUACAGCUUUGCAAUGUGAUGGUGUUAUAUGCCUUUCAGCCAAAGCAAGAAAAUUAAAACUUACAGAGAUUUUGAUAUAAUCUGUCAGCAAAAGCAGACAAUGAAAUAUGUGUUAUUUAAUAUCAGUCAAUAAGAAAAUUAUGAUCAUAAGAUUUAACUUCAUUCUGUUACAUGUAUGACAUUUAAAUACAAGGUAACCACAAUUUAGACCUGAUCCGGAUUCUUACACCAUUCAUCAAUAAUACCAAAAGUAUAACAACAGAAAGAGAUUGAAUCAGAUACCAGUACAGCAGUUGAUGGUAAUCUCUCUCCGCCAUACAAACUUAACUUGUCAUCAUCUUGAUGAUAAGAAAAAAAAAUCAAUUACAAGAUUUAAAUCAUAUCCUUAGCGUAAAAUAUGUAAUUCCAUCAAAGACAUUAUCUGAUUCAUUUACAAUACCUGGAAUAUUUAAUCAGAUAUCAGAAAACAAAGAGGACGCAAACUAUCAGUGCUAUGCAAGUGCUUUGAAGCAUAAUAACGAAAUGGUUCCUCCGAGAAAAGAAAGGAAACUAAAAUUUGUUAAGGUGUGAUGUAAGUUUUAUCGUUUGAAUAAAGUCUAACCAAUCUUCUACUCAAAUAAUUCUUAGUUUCUUAUAAAUUUGAGCAAAAUACGAUACUGUAUUGAUAAAUUGAGACAAAUUAACUACACACUUUAUAAUUGACACGUGUGUUGUACUCAAAGCCUUCGAACAUGAUAUGUUUAUAACAGUAUAAACCAAAAUAAAGUUCAUUUUGGAAUUACAUUUA